AUGGCUGUCACCGAGCAUCCCAAUGUUUCUCCAUCCUCCACCACCGAGGGAACAUCACCACCGACAACUCUGGCCAGCACAGAUAUAGUGGUGCUUGUCAUCUACUUCCUCUUGGUCCUGGCUGUUGGCUUGUGGUCAAUGUGGAAGACGAAGAGGAGUACAGUGGAUGGAUAUUUCUUGGCAGGCAAAAACAUGACUUGGUGGCCGGUGGGCGCCUCUCUUUUUGCCAGUAAUGUGGGCAGUGGUCACUUCAUUGGGCUCGCAGGCUCUGGGGCGGCAGCUGGUAUCGGUGCCACUGCUUAUGAAUGGAAUGGCAUGCUGAUGGUGCUGCUUUUGGGAUGGUUAUUUUUGCCCAUCUACAUUGCAUCAAGGGUCACAACAAUGCCAGAGUAUUUACAGAAAAGAUUUGGCGGCAAAAGAAUACAGUUAUUCCUUUGUGUUUUAUAUCUGUUUAUCUACAUCUUCACAAAAAUAUCAGUGGACAUGUAUGCAGGAGCUGUGUUCAUUCAGCAGGCGCUGCAGUGGAAUAUAUAUCUCGCUGUGGUUUUGCUUCUGGGCAUCACUGCUGUGUACACUAUUGCAGGUGGUCUUGCAGCAGUGAUCUACACCGAUGCAGUUCAGACUCUCAUCAUGAUCAUAGGAGCUCUGAUCCUCAUGGGCUUUAGUUUUGCAGAGGUGGGAGGAUUUCAGGCUGUCCUGGACAAGUAUCCUCAUGCCAUUCCCUCCGUCCGCGUCCCCAACACCACAUGUGGAAUCCCUCGUGAUGAUGCCUUUCACAUAUUCCGUCACCCUGUGACCUCUGACCUGCCCUGGCCAGGAGUAAUCCUGGGCAUGUCCAUCCCUUCCAUGUGGUACUGGUGUUCUGACCAGGUUAUAGUGCAGCGUUCACUGGCGGCCAAGAACAUACUUCAUGCUAAAGGAGGCUCUCUGCUCGCUGCUUACCUGAAAGUUCUGCCCUUCUUUAUGAUGGUGCUGCCAGGCAUGAUAAGCAGGAUACUUUACCCAGAUGAGGUGGGUUGUGGAGACCCUGAUGUGUGUCAACAGGUAUGUGGGAAUCCAGUGGGCUGCUCGGACAUUGCUUAUGCCAAACUGGUCAUGGAACUCCUUCCUACAGGUUUGAGGGGUUUGAUGAUGGCUGUGAUGCUGGCUGCUCUCAUGUCCUCCUUGACUUCCAUAUUCAACAGUUCCAGCACUAUUUUCACAAUGGAUCUCUGGAGGAACAUUCGACGCACCGCCUCAGAAUGGGAGCUCAUGAUCGUGGGCAGAGUAUUUGUAUUGGUGUUAGUGGUGGUGUCAGUGUUGUGGAUUCCUCUGGUUCAGUCCAGUCAGGGUGGGCAGCUCUUCAUCUACAUCCAGUCCAUCAGUAUGUACCUGCAGCCCCCCAUAACUGUCAUCUUCCUCGCAGGCUGCUUCUGGAAACGGACCAAUGAGAAGGGUGCAUUCUGGGGUCUAAUGCUAGGAAUGCUGGUGGGGUGUGCACGGAUGAUUCUGGAUUUUGUUUACCCCAUUCCACUCUGCAACGAGAACGACACCAGGCCUGAAAUCAUCAAAUAUGUUCAUUAUUUAUACUUCUCCAUCAUCCUCUCUGUCAUCACUCUCAUCAUGGUGGUGUGUGUUAGUCUGGCUACAGAAAAGCCCAAACCAGAGCAGAUCAGUCGUUUGACAUGGUACACACGUUUUGAUCCUCUGGAAAAGAGUGAAGAGGUUGUAAAUGCAGAUGUCUUCACAAUCGAGAGCGCCACACAGAACACAAAAGAAACAGAAAGUGAUGCACAUCACAUGAAAGAAGACUCCUGUAGUUCUGAGUUCAGCGAGAAGGGUUUAUCUAAACUGAAAUCGGCUCUGUUAUGGAUCUGUGGAAUGGAGAAGAAAACCACAGGACAGAAACCCACAUCUCCCCCUCCAGAUGUCUCAGUGUGUUCCCUUCAGGAGAACCGCUGUAUGAGUCACCUGGUAAAUGGCAACCUCAUCGUCUGUCUAUCAGUGGCUGUGUUUCUCAUUGCUUACUGGGCAUAACUACUAUAAUGUAUUCGUUAUUUUGACUUAAAGUAUAUCUUCAAGGGUGAAUCUCAUGAAAACUUGUCCAGGUCACAUUUCACCCCACAAUCAUUUAUAUAAAUAAAAAAAUAAAAGAUAAUUUUAGGUGAAAAUACAUUGUGGCAUUUUCAUGAAAAUGAAGAACAUUUACCCACACAUUCUCAUUCCUGUAAUGCAUCUGGAUGUUUCACUUUUUUUUAGUUUUUUUUUUUUUAUUCUCAUUCAUCUCAAUGGCGAUACUUAUUAUUGUCAUACAAUACUUUUUAUUUAAAUAAUACCAAUUAUUAUAAUUUUUUCCACAUUAGGUUAAUAAGAAUUUGGAGUGUUAAUGUUCUGAAUUGUCAUUAUAAAUAAUAUCAAAAUGUAAAAAAAUUUUUUUAAUAAAUGGUCUUAAAAAUAGGUUUCAUUUUCUCUAAAUAAAUAUAUAAUUUAUUUUAUUUUGAUUGGUGUGAAAUAUGAUCUGAUAUGUUCUUGACAAGCUUAGUGAGAGUCACCUUCAUAGAGUUUAUAUCUGUGGUAACACUUUUACAGUAAGAUUGUAUUUGUUAAUAUUAGUUAGCUACAUUAGUUAACAUUAACAAUACUUUUACAGCAUUUAUUAAUCAUAGUUAUUAAUUUCAACACAUAUAAACCAACAACACAUAUAUAAAAAGUUAACAUUAACCAAGAUUAAUAAAUGCUGUUAAUGCAUUUUCUAAUGUUAACAAAUGCAACCUUGUAAAGUGUUACCAUAACUUUUAAGCAAAAAGCUAUGCAUAUUUAUUUAUUAACAAUCAGUUUUUGUAGUAUGCAACAUAAUAUUUUAACAUAUAUGUAACCAAAACUGUUCACCAGUUUCGUUAAGUGCAAAGUGUAGACAGUUUCCUUGAUGUUUCUAUAAAUUAAAAUUUCUUUCAGAAUUGACUGUGCUUAAAAAACUACUUUUGAAUUCCAUUUUGUUUCUCUAAUUAUUUAUUGCGUAUAUAAUUAGUGGGAAAAAGCUGUUGUGUUGGAAAAAAACAACAUGAAUUUGACAACACGUUUGUUCAUCUCGGACACUAGCAAUGUGAAGAACAAAACUCAGCUGCAGGAUAUUUGUACAAUUAAGUACAAAAUGGGGAGACACAAAAUCAGUAUGUACAAUUAAGAAAGCCUUUUAAAAUCCAUAAUGACAACAUAUCCACAGAAAUAAAGAUACAUACCCCCAUCUGAAUGGGAUGAAUGGCUUUUGGCUUUCUAGCUGACUGUUUCCUGAGGUUAAACUGAUCCAUAAACCCUUUUAUUCACAUUAAUGUUGUCAGUGCUGUUUUUGCAUAGCAUACAACAUAAAGCAUACCCCUAUAGACCUUAUACAGUAUUGAGAAUCUAACACUUUAAAAAGAGUAUUAUCUUUGGUCAUUUUGAGAAUGAUACAUUUCAUGGAAUGUACAGGGUUUAUUUUAGUAGAGCAUCAAUGAAGUAUAAACUCCACUAAGAUAAUCCAUGUAAAACAGCAUUACAGUUUAUAUAAACUAUUUAAUAAGUAAAAUGACUGCAAUGAAAUAAAACACUACAUACAGUCAGUAUUGCACCCCAGGAAGAAAUACUCCAUAAUACAAAUCAUGCUUAUUAAUAUACUUUUGCAUGUGUGCCUUUUAUAUAAAAAAAAAAAAAAAAAAAAAAAAAAUUCAUUGUGAUAACCACUUUUUUUAUACUUUUGUCCAAUUUUUGGUCUACAAACAUCCUGCCAAACAUUUUAUAUAGAAACAAAAAGUAUUAAAAGAGAACAUGAAUCACUGCAAUUAAAUCUGAAAAAGCAACCUUCACCAUAAUAGUCAUAAAAUUUAACAAAAAGUGUUGAUUUUGGCAAUUUGGUACAUUUUCAAGGCAUAAAUAACACGUCUGCUUGUGUAGCAAACUAUGCGAAAUAUCGCAAAACUCAGACAUUCAUAUUCGCAUUUAAAACCCAAACCAAUGACAGCUUUUUGCACCUCUUUAUGUGAAAGAAAAUAAUAUUGUAUAGCAUGUUAAUAUGUGCAUACUAAUUUUUUCCCCCCUCAUACAUGGUUACAAUGUGCCAGCAUUGUGAGGAAAAAGAGAUACUAGUAAGCUUCAGUGCUUAAAAGAGUGAUUUUUUUUGUUUAUUUGUUGUAUUUUGUUUGUGUAGUUUGUUUUAUCAAAGGGUAAAAGCUAAGAUUAAAGGAAAUGGCUAUGUUCGAGUAGCAUACUAGCAUACUAUUAUUUCUGCUGUCUACAGUAUGUAGAUUAUGCACAGUAUAUGUUUAACCCUCCUAUGGUAUUCGGUCAUUUUUGAACGAAAUACAUUUUCCUCAUUUAAUAAAAAUAGUUUCCUUUAUCUGAGCAGUACAUGACUUGGUGAAUUUUCCUCCAUUUUCCAUCUAAACAUAAAAAAUUUUUUUAAAAAAAUUAAUAUAUAUAUAUUUAUUAAAAAGGGCUUGAUUCGAUAAGUCUAAGUGACCAUAAAAAAAAACGACACCUUUGGUAUUCACGGUCAAAAUUGACUGACCAUUGAAAAUGAACAGGAAAGACCAAAAAACAAAGCAAUUGUUUUUGGUCUGUCAAAUACAAUCAAUAAAUCAACCACAAUGCAGAAAAAACAGACACAAAUUACAGGGUGAGACUCUAAAACAUCCUCAGUGCAAAACAUACACACCCACUUACACACAAAAUGUUUUUCUGACAAAUGUAAAAAAAAAAAAAAAAAAAAAAAAAAGGCUCCGUGUUAUUUCUCAC